AUGGGGUCCCAGCACCGGCCCCUCCUGACCCCUCUGGUCCUCUUUCCUCUGCCCCCAGCCUCCAGCCGCUCCCACCCAGCCAGCCCCAGCCCGCCGGGGCCGCAGGCCAGCCCGGUGCUGCCGGUCAGCUACCGCCUGUCGCACACGCGGCUGGCCUUCUUCCUGCGGGAGGCCCGGCCCCCGCCGCCCGCGGUCGCCAACGGCUCCCUGCAGCGCGCCGAGCCCUUCGUGGUGUUCCAGACCAAGGAGCUGCCGGUGCUCAACGUCUCCUUGGGGCCCUUCAGCACCAGCCAGGUGGUGGCCCGGGAGCUCCUGCAGCCGUCCAGCACCCUGGACAUCCCCGAGCGCCUGACGGUCAACUGGAAGGUGCGGGCCUUCAUCGUCCGCGCCCGCGUCCCCGCCUCGCAGCCCGUGGCCCAGGUGCUGUUCUACGUGGCCGGCCGCGACUGGGACGACUUCGGCGUCACGGAGCGGCUGCCCUGCGUCCGCCUGCAUGCCUUCCGGGAUGCCCGCGAGGUCAAGAGCUCCUGCCGCCUCAGCGGGGGCCUGGCCACCUGUCUGGUGCGCGCCGAGCUGCCCCUGGCCUGGUUCGGGCCCCCGGCCCCGGCCGCGCCGCCCGCCGCCCGCCGCCGGGCUCCCGACGGCCUGGAGCUCGAGGCGGCCGGGGAGAGCCAGCAGGCGGAGCUCUACUACACGCUGCACGCCCCAGAUGCGGCAGGGGGCUGCGGGGGAACCCGUCGGGGGUCCGGGCCCGGAGCGGGGGCCCGCGCCGAGAGCCCUACCCAGCACCCCCUGCUGCGCAUCGGGAGCAUCAGCCUGUUCCGUCCGCCCCCCAGGAGGCCCCUGCAGGAGCACCGCCUGGACAGCAACCUGAUGAUCCGCCUGCCCGAUCGGCCCCUCAAGCCCGGGGAAGUGCUCAGCAUCCUUCUCUACCUCUACCCCAACUCCUCGUCUCCCUCCAGCCCCAGCGUGGAGCAUUUCACACUCAGGGUGAAGGCUAAGAAAGGUGUGACCCUUCUAGGCACCAAGUCACGGAGUGGCCAGUGGCACGUGACCUCAGAGCUGCUGACUGGGGCAAAGCACUCAACAGCCACCGUGGAUGUGGCCUGGGCCCAGGACACACCUUUGCCUCCCAGGGAGGGCCAGGGGCCCCUGGAGAUCCUGCAGCUGGACUUUGAGAUGGAGAACUUCACCAGCCAGUCGGUCAAGCGGAGGAUCAUGUGGCACAUAGACUACCGUGGCCACGGCGCCCUGCCAGACCUGGAGCGGGCCAUCACCGAGCUGACGGUCAUCCAGCGGGACGUGCAAGCCAUCCUGCCCCUGGCCAUGGACACAGAGAUUAUCAACACGGCCAUCCUGACUGGCCGGACGGUGGCCAUCCCCGUCAAGGUCAUCGCCAUCGAGGUGACUGGCCUCGUCCUGGACGUCUCUGCCCUAGUGGAGUGUGAGUCUGACAACGAGGACAUCAUUAAGGUAUCCAGCAGCUGCGACUACGUGUUUGUGAGUGGAAAGGAGUCUCGUGGGUCCAUGAACGCCAGGGUCACCUUCCGCUACGAUGUCCUCAAUGCCCCCCUGGAGAUGACGGUCUGGGUUCCCAAGCUGCCCCUGCACAUCGAGCUCUCAGAUGCCCACCUCAGCCAAGUGAAGGGCUGGAGAGUACCUAUCCUCCCUGACCGGAGGUCAGCCUGGGAGAGCGAGGACGAGGACGAAGAGGAGGAGGAGCGGCGGCAGAGCGCAAGCCGGGGCUGCACCUUGCAGUACCAGCACGCCACCCUGCAAGUCUUCACCCAGUUCCACACAACGUCGUCCGAGGGCACGGACCAGGUGGUCACCAUGCUGGGCCCUGACUGGCUGGUGGAGGUCACCGACCUGGUCAGCGACUUCCUGCGGGUGGGCGACCCCCGAGUGGCCCAGCUGGUGGACAGCAGCACACUGGCAGGCCUGGAGCCUGGCACCACCCCAUUUAAGGUGGUGUCCCCACUGACAGAGGCUGUGCUUGGGGAGACACUGCUGACGGUGACAGAGGAGAAGGUCAGCAUCACGCAGCUGCAGGCCCAGGUAGUGGCCAGCCUCGCCCUCUCCCUGCGGCCCAGCCCUGGGAGCAGCCAUACCAUCCUCGCUACCACAGCCGCCCAGCAGACCCUCAGCUUCCUCAAGCAGGAAGCCCUCCUGAGCCUCUGGCUCUCCUACAGUGAUGGCACCACAGCCCCCCUCUCGCUCUACAGCCCCCGGGACUACGGGCUGCUGGUAAGCAGCCUGGAUGAGCGUGUGGCCACGGUGAUCCAGGACAGGGCCUUCCCACUGGUGGUGGCGGAGGCAGAGGGUGCCGGGGAGCUGCUGCGAGCAGAGCUCACCAUCUCCGAGAGCUGCCAGAAAACCAAGCGUAAGAGCGUGCUGGCCACGACGCCCGUGGGCCUGCAGGUGCACUUUGGGCGGGACGAGGAGGACCCCACUUACGACUACCUGGGCCCUAGCCAGCCAGGGCCUGGCGGCGGCGAGGACGAGGCCCGGGGAGCGGGCCCGCCAGGCAGCGCGGUACCCCCACCGGAGGCCCCGGGCCCGGGCACCGCCAGCCCCGCCACGCCGCCCACAGAAGACUUCCUGCCGCUGCCCACGGGCUUCCUGCAGAUGCCGCGCGGGCUGACGGACCUGGAGAUCGGCAUGUACGCGCUGCUGGGCGUUUUCUGCCUCGCCAUCCUGGUCUUCCUCAUCAACUGCAUCGUGUUCGUGCUGCGCUAUCGGCACAAGCGCAUCCCGCCCGAGGGCCAGACCAGCAUGGACCACUCGCACCACUGGGUGUUCCUGGGCAACGGGCAGCCGCUGCGGGUGCAGGGGGAGCUCUCGCCGGCCGCCGGGAACUCCCUGGAAGCCGUGCCCGCCUGCUGCCACGGAGACCACCACAGCAGCGGCAGCUCGCAGACCAGCGUCCAGAGCCAGGUGCACGGGCGCGGCGACGGCUCCUCGGGCGGCUCGGCCCGGGAGCAGGCCGAGGACCCCGCCAGCUCGCCCACCUCCAAGCGCAAGCGGGUCAAGUUCACCACCUUCACCACGCUGCCGUCGGAGGAGCUGGCGUAUGACUCGGUGCCCGCGGGCGAGGAAGACGAGGAGGACGAGGACCUGGGUUGGGGAUGUCCGGAUGUGGCGAGCACCGCGCGGCCGGCUCCACCCCCGGACCUACACAACUACAUGCGCCGAAUCAAAGAGAUGGCCUAGGGGCGCCCCGCAGGUGGCGGGGGGCUCCGCGCGCGGGGUGAGCUCUGAGUCCCACGCGGCCCGGACCUCCUGCGCACGCCGCCGCGGGGCGGGUGGAAUCUGAUUUUAGACCCCCUGCUCCUGCAGCUUUGCUCCGUGCGGGGCGGGGCCGCCUACUGUGGCUUGUCCUUCCCGCCUCACACCGUGACCCUCUUCUGCCCCCUGCCGGUGGAGGGCACCUUCUUCCUGUGGCUUGCAAAGAAGAAAGGAAUCCCAGCCCUGGUUCGAGCCUUUCCAAACCUCCUUCCAUUUUAGGCAAUCCUCCCGCCCCCAGAGUGAGGCGACCAGGCCAAGCUUGGGGCGAGGUGGACCCACACUGUGCCCCGCCCCUGCCUCCCCUGUCCCCUGUCUUACCCUGGUGUGUGGGGGGGAUUGGGGGGAUCUUGCGUCACAGGCUGCACAAAGACUUUUCUCAAACCAAUAUUCAGGGAUUUCUGUUCUGCAGGGUGGGGAGGAAGCGGCUGCCUGCCCUGCCAAGGAUCUUGCUGUGGACAAAACGUUUAAGGGUGGGGGGACCGUUGUAGCACCUGUAGGCUUCCUGGUCCUCCACCCAGUCCCUUCCCAGGACCUGGGAGCUGCCUCUGCAAAGGAGCACCCUCCUGAGUUCUCGAGACCUCCUCCUCUGCCCCCAAGGGCUGUGGACAGGGGCUGAACGGGGGAGGAAUCCUCUGCCCAUCCCUGGCCAAGUACCCCAGAGCACCAUGGUCCGGACAGGCCCGGGAGGCCUGGGUGCCUCCGCUACCCCACAGCAAGGUCAACACCACGCCUUAGCACCCUUCCUGCUCUGCUGACCACCCCUAUCCCCUCUGCAGGGCAGGGGAAUGCAGCCAUCCA